AUGACAAUCAGUAAGCCCAACCUGUUUGCUGAAACGGCCUAUGAGAGAGGAUGGUAUCCACCAGCUCAUUGUUCUCCGCCUUUUGGCAGCUGUUCUGUGGGCAAUUCCGACGUGGAGCCUCUUACUGCAGUGAACAACAUGUUAUUGGCACAUGCCAAGGCUGCCAAGCUAUACCGUGAGCGGUUUCAGCCUAAAGAAGGUGGAUUUAUAGGCAUUGUUGCACACAUGUUUAUGUUCAAGCCAUUGACAGAUAGUCAGUUUGAUCGAGAAGCUGCAAAUAGGGCCAUGGCUUUUAAUGUGGCCUGGACUUUAGAUCCCCUGGUAUAUGGAGAUUAUCCUCCAGAAAUGUGUCGUUAUCACGGGAGUGAAUUACCUAAAUUCUCCUUAGAGGAAAAAGAGUUGCUAAAAGGUAGUAUUGAUUUUAUUGGAAUUAAUCAUUAUUCAGCUUUAUAUGCAAAAGACUGCCUGCAUAGUAGCUGCAGCCAAGGUACGGAUCGUGCCAUCCGUGGCUUUGUGUAUCUUACCGGAGAGCGAGAUGGGAUUUCUAUUGGAGAACCAACAGGACUCUCAAUAUUUUAUGUAGUUCCAAGAGGCAUGGUGGAGAUCGUUGACUAUGUUAAGAAGAGAUAUCAUAACAAGCCUAUGUUUGUGACUGAAAAUGGAUAUUCUCCACCAGAAGAACAAGGGAUAAAAGUUCAAGAAUUACUGCAUGAUGUCAAACGAGUUGAAUAUCACAAAGCAUACCUUGCUUCUUUGGCUUGA